GGGGGAGAGAAAGAGAACGUGUGUGAAGGGAAAGAGAUUGCGGUUUUAGAAAGAGAAAGAGGUUGGGGAUGGGAUGGGAAUAACUUUAAAGGUCUGAAAGUGGUGAUGGUCGAAAUGACGAUAAUGGCUGGUCUAGUGGAUCAGUAUCUUCUGGCUUGGAAUAGUCUAGCUCUAAAAAUGGUGACACAAUGCCUGAUUAUUUUGGGGAAAGAAUCUAGAGUUAUGAUUUACAUGUUUCCAUUAGCUCCUGGAGCAUCUAAAGCUACUGGAUUCCAUAAAUGGGGAUCACCCUUUAAUGAUUUAUGGUGUUGUUAUGGAACAGGGAUUGAGUCAUUUUCGAAAAUGGGCGAUUCAAUAUACUUUGAAGAAGUGGCAUCAUCAUCUGGUACAUAUCAAGCUCACUUGAAAUCAAGGCGGCUUUUUCUUGCACAGAAAGUUGAGCGUGUUGUUGUGUUGUGUCAUGGGAUCCUCACUUUCGAGUCAUAGUGACCAUUUCCUCAAAGAAGGUAGACAUAACAUCACAUUUCUUUGUAA